UUAAAAAAAAAUGAAAAAGGAGCCUUGCGAUUGCCGAUUGGGAUCGAAAAUACAACGCGGUUAAAGCAUACGAGUAUUCGAGCAGGCAGUGGUAGUCAACGCCAAAAACUGAAAGGGCGUCUGCGCGAAUUGUGUAUAUCACCAAUUCACCAUCGGCCUGCGCGGCUUUUAUACCGUAACAGCAAAUGAUCAGGAAGAAUCUGCUUAUCUACAUUGAUUUUCACUCGUAUUACUUGAGCACAUACCUAUUAUAAAUUUAUACCAACAAGGAAAGUGGUGAUCGAUCGGACGGAAAAUGGUAAAGGAGAUGGAAUACUACUACGUGCUUGGGGUCAGCCCCACCGCCACUGAGGCGGAGAUCAAGAAAGCUUAUUACAUCAAGGCGCGACAGGUUCAUCCAGAUAAAAAUCCCAAUGAUCCUCUUGCUGCACAAAAUUUUCAGGUGUUGGGAGAGGCAUACCAAGUUUUGAGUGAUCCUGCCCAACGGCAAGCAUACGAUGCAUAUGGGAAAUCUGGAAUCUCAACAGAAGCAAUUAUCGAUCCAGCAGCAAUUUUUGCUAUGCUUUUUGGUAGUGAGCUUUUUGAAGACUACGUAGGACAGCUUUCCAUGGCAUCAAUGGCUUCACUAGACAUUUUCACAGAGGGAGAACAGUUUGAUACUAAAAAAUUGCAAGAGAAAAUGAGGGUUGUUCAGAAGGAGAGAGAAGAAAAGCUUGUACAGAUAUUGAAAGAUCGACUCAAUCAGUAUGUACAAGGGAACAAAGAGGAAUUCAUUAAUCAUGCUGAAGCUGAUGUAACUAGGCUCUCAAAUGCAGCAUAUGGUGUUGGUAUGUUGAAUACAAUUGGAUAUAUCUAUGCAAGACAAGCAGCCAAAGAGCUUGGAAAGAAAGCAAUAUAUCUGGGUGUGCCAUUUGUUGCUGAAUGGUUUAGAAACAAAGGCCACUUCAUUAAAUCCCAAGUAACUGCAGCAACAGGUGCCAUUGCACUUAUACAGCUACAGGAAGAUAUGAAGAAGCAGCUUAGUGCAGAGGGAAACUAUACUGAGGAAGAGCUUGAAGAAUACAUGCAAUCCCACAAGAAGCUGAUGAUUGAUUCCUUGUGGAAGCUUAAUGUGGCUGAUAUUGAGGCCACUCUUUCUCGUGUUUGUCAUACGGUACUUCAAGAAAACAAUGUCAAGAAAGAAGAGUUAUGUGCACGAGCUAAAGGGUUGAAAACUCUUGGUAAAAUCUUCCAGAGAGUGAAGUCAUCUAAUGGAAGUGAGAGCGACACUGCGCUAGAUGGUACUUCACAUAAACUGAAUGGAAGUGCACCAAGCCAUGAUACAUCUUGUCCUAAUACUUCACCAAAAUCUAUAAAUCUUGAAGAGCCAUCUUAUAGUAUAUUGGCAUCGCAGAACCCCUAUGUGAAGAAUGCACACUUUGCUGCACCCGGGUUGACAACUACCCCUGGCCAAUAGCACCUCAUGGUGCAGCAGAACAUUCAGUGGGUGGUGACUGAUGAUGGAGAAGCGAGAUCCAUUGCUUGAAAGCUAGUAUGCAUGUCAUAAUAGUGUGCAUCAAGGAAGGGGGUUGGGUUUGCAUUUGUGGAAUUUGUUUCAGGUGGAUGAUCUGGAAAACAAACCUCUAUACGGCAGUAGCAGGCAUUUAACGAUAUAAGUAUAAAAGACGACCAUUUAUACAGAGAUAUGAUUAUAAUUUUUUUUCGUAAGUCUUUAGAUGGCUGCUGUAACGUGUCUGUUUUGAUUCGACAUCUAGGUUCAGGUUUUUGGUUAGAUAUUUGUUCCUCGGUUGCCUGUGUGUUAUUGUUGUUAAGUAGACAUAAGUAUACUCAACACUUUUUUAGUUUGGUCAUGGAGCCAAUAUUGGAGUCGCCAUUUGAUCCAGCA